AUGAAAGUGCAAACUGAAACUUGUAACCCAUCCAAGGUGCAUCGAAACGACACAGGGGAGCAGCAAGACAUGUCCAACAAAAAGGACAGCCACGAUAGUAAUUUAUUUUUUCUCAACCGAGACUGUCAGAAUGAACUGGGUUCAGGAUCUCAGAAUCAGAAUGUUCACAUUGUAUCAUCAUUAGACUCCAAAUGGCACAGCACUGAACGCAGCCGCCUAGUCACCGAAGGAGGACUCAGCAACGGAACCUCCCUGGAGAAUGUUCAUGUUCUUUCCCACGGUAGUUCUACUAGUAAUCCUGCACUAAGACAUGAUGGGGUGCCUGAAAUCUCAAACGAACUGUCAUUGUCAGAGGUCUGCAUACCUACUACAGUUACAGUAGAAGAAGACCGUAGCUAUGAGUUACAGCAGGCCUAUAGGAUAUUUAAUGGCUUUCUUCUGGAAAAGCACAAAGGCAUUAUGACUCCCUUCUUGCACCCCAUCGGCCUUGAAAAACACACUGACCGGGUUGGGGGUCUCCUCAAGAAUUCCAUGUGUUUCAGAAGGAUGGAGGAGAAGUUUGUUAGCCGGGAGUAUGAAACAAUCACAGAGUUUGUGGCAGACUUCAGGCUAAUGCUAGAGAACUGCUAUAGGUACCAUGGGGUCGACCACUGGAUUUCUAAACAGGCACAGAAAUUGGAAAUAAUGCUUGAGCAGAAGUUGACACUGCUAUCAAGGUAAGCAAGUGCAAGCCUUACAUACGUACAUUGCAUUCGGAAAGUAUUCAGACCCUUUGACUUUUUCCACAUUGUGUUACGUUACAGCCUUAUUUAUACACCCCAUAAUGGCAAAGCAAAAACAUUUUUUAUAUAUAUAUAUAUAUACACAAAAUUAUAAUAAUAUAAAUAUUACAUUUACAUAAAUAUUCAGACCCUUUACUCAGUACUUUGUCGAAGCACCUUUGGCAGCGAUUACAGCCUUGAGUCUUUUUGGGUCCUGAGCGCUCUGGAGCAGGUUUUCAUCAAGGAUCUCUGUACUUUGCUCCGUUCAUCUUUCCCUCGAUCCUGACUAGUCUCCCAGUCCCUCCCGCUGAAAAAAAAUCCCCACAGCAUGAUGCUGCCACCACCGUGCUUCACUGUAGGGAUGGUGCCAGGUUUCCUCCAGACGUGACGCUUAGCGUUCAGGCCAUAGAGUUCAGUCUUGGUUUCAUCAGACCAGAGAAUCUUGAUUCUCAUGGUCUGAGAGUCCUUUAGGUGCCUUUUGGCAAACUCCAAACGGGCUGUCGUGCCUUUUACUGAGGAGUGGCAUUCAUCUGGCCACUACCAUAAAGGCCUGAUUGGUGGAGUGCUGCAGAGAUGGUUGUCUUUCUGGAAGGUUCUCCCAUCUCCACAGAGGAAAUCUGGUGCUCUGUCAGAGUGACCAUCGCGUUCUUGGUCACCUCCCUGACCGAGGCCCUUCUCCCCCAAUUGCUCAGUUUGGCCGUGCGGCCAGCUCUUGGAAGAGUCUUGGUUGUUCCAAGCUUCUUCCAUUUAAGAAUGAUGGAGGCCACUGUGUUCUUGGGGACCUUCAAUGCUGCAGACAUUUUUUGGUACCCUUCCCCAGAUCUGUGCCUCGACACAAUCCUGUCUUGGCGCUCUACGGACAAUUCCUUCGACCUAAUGGCUUGGUUUUUGCUCUGACAUGCACUGUCAACUGUGGGACCUUAUAUAGGCAGGUGUGUGCCUUUCCAAAUCAUGUCCAAUCCAUUGAAUUUACCACAGGUGGACUCCAAUCAAGUUGUAGAAACAUCUCAAGGAUGAUCUAUGGAAACAGAAUGCACCGGAGCUUAAUUUCGAGUCUCAUAGCAAAGGGUCUGAAUACUAAUGUAAAUAAGUUUUAUUUCUGUUUUUUAUAAAUUAGGACAUUUUUCUAAAUACCUGUUUUCGCUUUUUCAUUAUGGGGUAUUGUGUAGAUUGAUGAGGUGGAAAACGAUUUAAUCAAUUUUAGAAUAAGGCUGUAACAUUACAAUGUGGGAAAAAGUCAAGGGGUCUGAAUACUUUCCGAAUGCACGGUACAUAUAUUCAUUCAAGUAUUCAUGACAUAGCCUACCUAUUGUACAUACAUUCAUUUACACUUAAAAUGCACACAUUCAACGAUAUGGAUUCAUUCGUCAAUUGUCAGUAGUGACACACAUCAGUAGUGUCUGUUUCAUCCAGGACCCUUGAUGAAAUGACUGGGACCCUAACUAGCCCAAUGAUGCUGUGUCUGUAUCCACCUACCCAACCAGGACGCUGCGAGAGAAGACCACUCUGGCGGUGACCUCCAUGGGUCGUUUGGGGACCGAGGAUGAGAGGGCGCCUGUGGGCACCUCUACCAGACGGAGGACAGUGCCUCGCAGCCUGGCCACGAUCACAGUGGGGGGAAAUGAGUCCAUCAUGGUGCAGGCACUCAGGCUGGAGGAGCAGCAGAGAGUCAAGGAAGAGAAGAGGUAAGAUGAUAUUAUUAUUAUUUUAUAUUUUUUUUUUUGUCAUUUAGCAGACGCUCUUAUCCAGAGCAACUUACAGGAGCAAUUAGGGUUAAGUGCCUUGCUCAAGGGCACAUCGACAGAUUUUUCACCUAGUCGGCUCGGGGAUUAGAACCAGCGACCUUUCGGUUACUGGCACAACGCUCUUACCCACUAAGCUACCUGCCGCCCUGGAAUGCUCCAGUGCCUGAGGCUAAGGCCUGGCCAGGCAGAUGUUGGGUUUUCUAUGUUCUGACUCCCUCCGUGGUCAGAAUAAAAACUUGAAAAUUCCAUAGACUACUUUAUCCCCACAACUGUGACACUAUAAUUACAUUAAACAUUUUCGAUAAUAAUAUUUAAUUCUGUGUGUGGCUGUGAUUGUGUUUAGUAUUACAUCUGCUUCAUAAACUCAUCCUUAAUUUCUGAUUGUAGGCAGCGGGAGCUAGAUAAGAAGGAGGCGGAGGAGACCUCAGCCAAGGAGGUGGAGGAGUGGGAGCGCAGUCUUCUCUCCCAGGCCAUCCAGACCCCCUUGAAGACCAUGUGGGAACUCCCUGCCAUCGGCCACUUCCUCUGCCUGGCCCAGGCAGCUCUCAACCUCCCAGAGAUAGUGUUCUUUGAGCUGGAGCGGUGUCUCCUCAUGCCUCGCUGCAGCGUCUUCCUCUCCAAGAUCAUGAGUUCACUUCUCUGCCCGCCCCAGAGGAGGGGGACGCUCCACCGUCGCCCAGCCCUCACCUACCGCCGCUGGGAGUCCGAGCUCCGGCAGAAGGUGCAAGGCUGGUACUACGCUAUGGGUACGGCGGAGGACCAGGGGUGGAUGGCUGAGCAGCUGGGCCUAUCCCAUCAAUUCUUCAGGACAGUCGGGGUGGUUAGUCCCCUGGAGGAGACCCCCUUCCAUCUCUUACCCUUCAUCCAGCGUGUGUGGCUGCUCAAAGGCCUGUGUGACAACAUAUACGAGACCCAGAAGGACGUGCAGGACGCUGUGCUGGGGCCAGCCCAUCCACGAGUGCCGAGAGUCCAUCCUGGGCUACGACGGGAACGAGAAUGCCUACAUACACUUUCCGCAUUUCUGCGGGGCGGACCUACGUAUCUACUGCCAGAGUGCCAGCAUGCCCUCUGACUUCCCCUUACCAGCUGUCUGGGUGAAGAGGGUGGAGCCUGACAAAGGGCUAUCAGAGGAAUCUGACAAGCAGAAGGACUCUGAGCACCUGGUUUCAAUGGAGGAGGAGUCUGAGGAGAAACCUAGUUCUGACAGACUGAGUGGUGGGAGGGUUAAAGAGGAGAACGGGGACAGGAGCAGGGGUGGAACUGGGCGGGGGAUGGAGGAUGAGGGUGAUAAGGAGGACUGUAAGCCUACUAAUCAGAACAGACUCAUUGGCUCUACUGCACCCUCUUCACAUAUCAAGGACUUUGUGGGCAGAGGGAGUGUAAAGGAAGAGCCACAGGAAUUGGAAUAUAGGCCUAAUAGACUUCAGGUGAAACAGGAAGAGGGGUCGAAUGUAUCAUCAGGGUCGUCCGCAGGGUCAUGUGAGCCACGUCUCAGUGUGGGGGAACACUGCUAUACAGGGAAGUCCCCUGCUCGCCCUGCUAAGGCAACCAGCAGGCCUGGUGUAGCCGUACCCAUGAGACCGACUGAUGUCCAUGUUAAAGUGGACAGGAACAAACUCACUGAGGGACAAAGACCUUGUCCAAAAUGUUUCUCCAAAAUGGGGACAAAGUCGGAGGACAAUCAUCGCUGCCGUUGUGCCACGGACAAGAAAUCAAUAACGUCAGCCUCUGGUGCUGGCCACCCCCGCAAGGUGAACUUGACAGAGAAUAGGAUGGACAGGAUUUGGGCCAAGAAAAAGAAAAGGAAGAAAGAGACGGAACUACGUGCAACAGGUGGGCAGCGCAGACCAGACAGGAGCCCACUCUGUAAGGCCAAGGCAGCUAAAUCCACCCUCAGGAGAGCUGCGACCACCAUCAAGAAAAAGGACAAGAGGAAAAAACGAAAAAUGGGUAAGGAAAAGGAAUGCCUGUCUUCUAAAUCAAUAUUUGACAUUUGUUAGGCUAAAUUAGGCCUAUGUAAAACCACAGCCGAGAGACUUGGCACUUGUUCAGUGAUGAGAUGUAGGGCUGUCCCAAACAACAACAAAAAAAUCUUGGUCGACCAAGAGUCAUUUGUUCUUUAGAGCAAUCGAUUUUUAAACGUGUAUUUUUCCAUAGACACAUCCUGUGUUUUAAUCAAAUCAACUAUAUUCACUGAGCUUGUCUGAUGCUUUAAGCACACUGUUUGAUUAAAUAAUUAAGAAACACAAAUGACUAGAGGGAGUCCGACCAGCAAUUUAUUUGAUUGCUCAGUGUUUAUCGUGUUGCUGAAGCUGCAACAUAAUUACAGCCAUUUCUGACUGAAAAGUUUUGUUACCAAAAUCCCUCAUUUGUUUAGGAAAAACAUUCCCUAUUCCCUCAACCCUUGCUCUCUUUACGUGACACGUAUGCAUUGCAGGGCCUGACCUAUAGCAUAUCAUAAUCACAUCAAUAAAUUGGUUAUAACGAACACCGAACACGUGACAGCAAAAUGGAUGCAGAGGACGUGACGAAUAAACUGGAAACGGAGGAAUGUUUACUGGUUUCUCAGGAGAUAAAGGGGAAGUCAGAUGUGUGGAAUAGAUGUGACUAGUUGUGGAAAAUACUUUAGAUCAAGAAGAAGUGUGCCAAAUAGGUGCUGUUAGAUUACAAUAUAAUAAAUUAUAAUUACAAUAUAAUUUUCCUGACCGUUUGAAACAACGUAAACAACACUAAAUAAAUUAUAAGCGUCUGUUUUUUUGUUAAGCUUUUAUUACAGCAAAGACUAAAAACAGUCGCAUUCAUUUGUAAACGCAAUUUCCGAAAUGGAACGGUUUAUUUAUUGUUUAAGCUAAUUAAUCAAUGCUCGCUUUAUUUUAUUUUCAAACUAAUAAUAAUAAUAAUAAUAUGCCAUUUAGCAGACGCUUUUAUCCAAAGCGACUUACAGUCAUACAUUUUUGUGUAUGGGUGGUCCCGGGGAUCGAACCCACUACCUUGGCGUUACAAGCGCCGUGCUCUACCAGCUGAGCUACAGAGGACCACAAACUAAAAUGCUUGAUUUCAUUUCAAAUCAUGAAUGACUCGUAUGCUGUGUGAUGACAUGAACAAAUGAAUGAUCGAUUGAAACAGUAGCCUACAGUAUAUAAGUAAUGGAAUAAAGGCCUAAGUAAGUUACGGUAUUAAGACUAAACAGGAUGUGCUCUUAGGCCUACAGCUCAAUGGUGGUUAUACAAGGUUGCUAUACUAAGCCUACUAAUGAUAAUGACUUUACUUAUUAUUAUAAUGAUUAUCAUAAUAUUAAUAAUAAUAGUAAUAGUAAUAAUACCAAUAAGGAGAUCAAGGAAAAAGGAGCAUAAUUAUUAUAAAUAUUGUUUUUCUGACAAUUUGGAAUAGUGUAAACAACACUAAAUAAAUUAUAAAUAAUACCAGAGAAGCUGUUCUAACGAAAAGAAAAGUAUAAAGCUUUUAUUACAGCACAGCAAAGAUUAAAAACAGCCGAAGUUCUGAAAUUGUUUACUUGACAUGUCGUAGCGUGAAGGUUGGUGCUCAUGGAAUCAGUAGGCUAUUAAACAAACACUCAAACAGGCAACAGUAGCAGGAUCUGUCAUAUUUCUGUAGAUAUAUAUGUAUGAUUUUAUAAAGCCAGGCACAUUGAACAGUUAGGCUAUUGAUUAUUGACCUAAUUAAGGUUAGGCUAUUGAUUAUAGACCUAAUUAAGUUGGGGUUUCCUCUCUCCUCACUUUUUUUAGACAAUAAGGCGAGGGCUGUUUUCUCAUCUCCUCAUUCUGCUGCAGCCUCCACCGCAUUGUUCUCAACACCAAUAUGCUGGUUAACUUUGCUAUUAUGCACAUAGCAACACGGUCUAGGAAAAGGCGCUAAUUCAACAGCGCACAGAUGUGUUCCAGAACUACAGACAGCGACCACUAUCCAAUGUGGGAGAAAGCGCAUUUGUUAUAGAAUAAUAUUAUUUGUAUUAGUGUUGCACCGUUGUUCUUAUGUAAUAUAACCAUAUAUAAUUUCAGUAGCACAUGUCUUAGAGUGAUGGACUGUGCCAUCCCCACGGCCUCCACAAUGGAUCAGUCCACUCAGACAGGCGCCAAUCAGACAGGUGUCUUGUACACCAUGAUAUAUACACUACCGUUCAAAAGUUUGGGGUCACUUACAAAUGCGAAAAGCAAUUUUUUUGGUCCAUUCAAAUAACAUCAAAUUGAUCAGAAAUACAGUGUAGACAUUGUUAAUGUUGUAAAUAAUGUGCGUACAGAGGCCCAUUAUCAGCAACCAUCAGUCCGGUGUUCCAAUGGCACGUUGUGUUUGCUAAUCCAAGUUUAUCAUUUUAAAAGGCUAAUUGAUCAUUAGAAAACCCUUUUGCAAUUAUGUUAGCACAGCUGAAAACUGUUGGGCCGUCAUACCGCUCAGGAAGGAGAUGCGUUCUGUCUCCUAGAGAUGAACGUACUUUGGUGCGAAAAGUGCAAAUCAAUCCCAGAACUACAGCAAAGGACCUUGUGAAGAUGCUGGAGGAAACAGGUACAAAGUAUCUAUAUCCACAGGUACACCUCCAACUGACUCAAAUGAUGUCCACAGUAAAACGAGUCCUAUAUCGACAUAACCUGAAAGGCCGCUCAGCAAGGAAGAAGCCACUGCUCCAAAACAGCCAUAAAAAAGCCAGACUACAGUUUGCAACUGCACAUGGGGACAAAGAUCGUACUUUUUGGAGAAAUGUCCUCUGGUCUGAUGAAACAAAAAUCGAACUGUUUGGCCAUAAUGACCAUUGUUAUGUUUGGAGGAAAAAGCGGGUCGCUUGCAAGCCGAAGAACAUCAUCCCAACCGUGAAGUACGGGGGUGGCAGCAUCAUGCUGUGGGGGUGCUUUGCUGCAGGAGGGACUAGUGCACUUCACAAAAUAGAUGGUAUCAUGUGGAAGGAAAAGUAUGUGGAUAUAUUGAAGCAACAUCUCAAGACAUCAGUCAGGAAGUUAAAGCUUGGUCGCAAAUGGGUCUUCCAAAUGGACAAUGACCCCAAGCAUACUUCCAAAGUUGUGGCAAAAUGGCUUAAGGACAACAAAGUCAAGGUAUUGGAGUGGCCAUCACAAAGCCCUGACCUCAAUCCUAUAGAACAUUUGUGGGCAGAACUGAAAAAGCUUGUGCGAGCAAGGAGGCCUACAAACCUGACUCAGUUACACCAGCUCUGUCAGGAGGAAUGGGCCAAAAUUCACCCAACUUAUUAUGGGAAGCUUAUGCAAGGUGUAUGUAAACUUCCAACUUCAACUGUGUGAAUAUAUAUAUAUAUAUAUAUAUAUAUAUAUACAUACACACAGUGGGGAGAACAAGUAUUUGAUACACUGCCGAUUUUGCAGGUUUUCCUACUUACAAAGCAUGUAGAGGUCUGUAAUUUUUAUCAUAGGUACACUUCAACUGUGAGAGACGGAAUCUAAAACAAACAUCCAGAAAAUCACAUUGUAUGAUUUUUAAGUAAUUAAUUUGCAUUUUAUUGCAUGACAUAAGUAUUUGAUCACUUACCAACCAGUAAGAAUUCUGGCUCUCACAGACAUGUUAGUUUUUCUUUAAGAAGCCCUCCUGUUCUCCACUCAUUACCUGUAUUAACUGCACCUGUUUGAACUCGUUACCUGUAUAAAAUACACCUGUCCACACACUCAAUCAAACAGACUCCAACCUCUCCACAAUGGCCAAGACCAGAGAGCUGUGUAAGGACAUCAGGGAUAAAAUUGUAGACCUGCACAAGACUGGGAUUGGCUACAGGACAAUAUGCAAGCAGCUUGGUGAGAAGGCAACAACUGUUGGCACAAUUAUUAGAAAAUGGAAGAAGUUCAAGAUGACGGUCAAUCAUCCUCGGUCUGGGGCUCCAUGCAAGAUCUCACCUCGUGGGGCAUCAAUGAUCAUGAGGAAGGUGAGGGAUCAGCCCAGAACUACACGGCAGGACCUGGUCAAUGACCUGAAGAGAGCUGGGACCACAGUCUCAAAGAAAACCAUUAGUAACACACUACGCCGUCAUGGAUUAAAAUCCUGCAGCACACGCAAGGUCCCCCUGCUCAAGCCAGCGCAUGUCCAGGCCCGUUUGAAGUUUGCCAAUGACCAUCUGGAUGAUCCAGAGGAGGAAUGGAAGAAGGUCAUGUGGUCUGAUGAGACAAAAAUAGAGCUUUUUGGUCUAAACUCCACUCGUCGUGUUUGGAGGAAGAAGAAGGAUGAGUACAACCCCAAGAACACCAUCCCAACCGUGAAGCAUGGAGGUGGAAACAUCAUUCUUUGGGGAUGCUUUUCUGCAAAGGGGACAGGACGACUGCACCGUAUUGAGGGGAGGAUGGAUGGGGCCAUGUAUAGCAAGAUCUUGGCCAACAACCUCCUUCCCUCAGUAAGAGCAUUGAAGAUGGGUCGUCGCUGGGUCUUCCAGCAUGACAACGACCCGAAACACAGCCAGGGCAACUAAGGAGUGGCUCCGUAAGAAGCAUCUCAAGGUCCUGGAGUGGCCUAGCCAGUCUCCAAACAUGAACCCAAUAGAAAAUCUUUGGAGGGAGCUGAAAAUCCAUAUUGCCCAGCGACAGCCCCGAAACCUGAAGGAUCUGGAGAAGGUCUGUAUGGAGGAGUGGGCCAAAAUCCCUGCUGCAGUGUGUGCAAACCUGGUCAAGACCUACAGGAAACGUAUGAUCUCUUUAAUUGCAAACAAAGGUUUCUGUACCAAAUAUUAAGUUUUCGUUUUCUGAUGUAUCAAAUACUUAUGUCAUGCAAUAAAAUGCAAAUUAAUUACUUAAAAAUCAUACAAUGUGAUUUUCUGGAUUUUUGUUUUGGAUUCCGUCUCUCACAGUUGAAGUGUACCUAUGAUAAAAAUUACAGACCUCUACAUGCUUUGUAAGUAGGAAAACCUGCAAAAUCGGCAGUGUAUCAAAUACCUGUUCUCCCCACUGUGUGUGUGUAUGUAUAUAUAUAUAUAUAUAUAUAUAUAUAUAUAUAUAUAUUGCAACUGCUCGACUAAAGAAAUCUCGGUCGACUAAACGGGGUCAGCCCUAAUGAGAUGUAAUCUUAUCUAUAAUGCUUUGCCCCCACUUAUGUCUGAAUUACUCUAUAGAAUAAUCUUCUUCCUUCACAGGAAAAAAGCUUGAGUCCAGGAAACCACAACUCUCAGUUCAACCUGCAUUCAGGGUAAACCCCACAGUUUGUUUGUUUGUUUGUUUUUGAUGCAAAAUAUGGAAUAUUAAUUGAUAUAUCAAUUUGAAUCCAUGUGUGCUGAUUCGUCGCUCUCUCUCACUCUUCAGUUGGUGUGCACCAGUCUAGAGGAGCUGAGGGAACUCAUCAGCAGGACAGAGGAUGAGCUGGAUGAGCUGGAGAGCACCAAAAAGACAUCUGUUAGUAAAGUAAUAAAUACAUUUUUAUUUUUAUUUUUGGCUUUUGAUUGUGCUGUAUCAAAAAUACAUUUAUGAACAGAAAUAACUAUUACAUACAGUAUGGAAGGAUUACAUCGAUACAGGUUCAAAAAAUGAUGAUGGCAGGAACACAUACAGUGGGGGGGAAAAAAGUAUUUAGUCAGCCACCAAUUGUGCAAGUUCUCCCACUUAAAAAGAUGAGAGAGGCCUGUAAUUUUCAUCAUAGGUACACGUCAACUAUGACAGACAAAUUGAGAAAAAAACAUUGUAGGAUUUUUAAUGAAUUUAUUUGCAAAUUAUGGUGGAAAAUAAGUAUUUGGUCACCUACAAACAAGCAAGAUUUCUGGCUCUCACAGACCUGUAACUUCUUCUUUAAGAGGCUCCUCUGUCCUCCACUCGUUACCUGUAUUAAUGGCACCUGUUUGAACUUGUUAUCAGUAUAAAAGACACCUGUCCACAACCUCAAACAGUCACACUCCAAACUCCACUAUGGCCAAGACCAAAGAGCUGUCAAAGGACACCAGAAACAAAAUUGUAGACCUGCACCAGGCUGGGAAGACUGAAUCUGCAAUAGGUAAGCAGCUUGGUUUGAAUAAAUCAACUGUGGGAGCAAUUAUUAGGAAAUGGAAGACAUACAAGACCACUGAUAAUCUCCCUCAAUCUGGGGCUCCACGCAAGAUCUCACCCCGUGGGGUCAAAAUGAUCACAAGAACGGUGAGCAAAAAUCCCAGAACCACACGGGGGGACCUAGUGAAUGACCUGCAGAGAGCUGGGACCAAAGUAACAAAGCCUACCAUCAGUAACACACUACGCCGCCAGGGACUCAAAUCCUGCAGUGCCAGACGUGUCCCCCUGCUUAAGCCAGUACAUGUCCAGGCCCGUCUGAAGUUUGCUAGAGUGCAUUUGGAUGAUCCAGAAGAGGAUUGGGAGAAUGUCAUAUGGUCAGAUGAAACCAAAAUAGAACUUUUUGGUAAAAACUCAACUCGUCGUGUUUGGAGGACAAAGAAUGCUGAGUUGCAUCCAAAGAACACCAUACCUACUGUGAAGCAUGGGGGUGGAAACAUCAUGCUUUGGGGCUGUUUUUCUGCAAAGGGACCAGGACGACUGAUCCGUGUAAAGGAAAGAAUGAAUGGGGCCAUGUAUCGUGAGAUUUUGAGUGAAAACCUCCUUCCAUCAGCAAGGGCAUUGAAGAUGAAACGUGGCUGGGUCUUUCAGCAUGACAAUGAUCCCAAACACACCGCCCGGGCAACGAAGGAGUGGCUUCGGAAGAAGCAUUUCAAGGUCCUGGAGUGGCCUAGCCAGUCUCCAGAUCUCAACCCCAUAGAAAAUCUUUGGAGGGAGUUGAAAGUCCGUGUUGCCCAGCGAAAGCCCCAAAACAUCACUGCUCUAGAGGAGAUCUGCAUGGAGGAAUGGGCCAAAAUACCAGCAACAGUGUGUGAAAACCUUGUGAAGACUUACAGAAAACGUUUGACCUGUGUCAUUGCCAACAAAGGGUAUAUAACAAAGUAUUGAGAAACGUUUGUUAUUGACCAAAUACUUAUUUUCCACCAUAAUUUGAAAAUAAAUUCAUUAAAAAUCCUACAAUGUGAUUUUCUGGAUUUUCUUUUCUCAUUUUGUCUGUCAUAGUUGACGUGUACCUAUGAUGAAAAUUACAGGCCUCUCUCAUCUUUUUAAGUGGGAGAACUUGCACAAUUGGUGGCUGACUAAAUAAUUUUUUUCCCCACUGUAUAUGGAUUGUCUACUAUGAGAGGGAGAAUACGAAAUACAGUGGUAAAUGCUCUCAACCAUCGGGCUUGUUUAUUCUUGACGUUUUGUUGGUUUUACAGGGAAGGUGGUGCUUCAGGAGAGAAGCCGUGAAAGAUCUGCACAUCACUCUCAUAAGGCUACUCAACGAGCUCUCCCCAUGGGAACCCAAACUGGUCAAGGCUUUCCAUAGGAACAGGUAUCAACACUCGUCCUGAAGGCAGUUAUAAAAUCAUAAAGCUAUGUUUACAAAACAUGUCUAGCAUAACACAUCACUGACUCCUCAGGUGCCUUUUUUAACGUAAUCUGUCCCCACAGGCUACGUUUGAAAAAGGAUUAUGACGACUUCAAAAAGCACCCUGACUAUGACAACUUUGUCAGAGAGGAAUGGGUGGCAGAGGAUGUGGACAGAAGCACCUCGUUCACUGAAAACACCAGACUGACUGAAGAGGAGGAACAGCAACAGCAGGAUCAGACAGUUCAGAGGAUCCUGUGGGCGGGAGGUAAAUUGUGUUUUAUUUGUGUGUGCUGUACAAUAAGACAUUAUGGAAAAGCAUAUAUUGUGUAGGCUCUUUGUUAUAAAUUGCAUUGAAAUCAUUGUUGUCAGGGCAGAUUGAAAUACAUUGAAUGUGUCUCUUUGUUUUCAGAGGACUCUGGGCAGUUUGGAACGGAGGCAUUGAGAGGCAGCUUCACCGUGGUAACCAGACAAGAGAUGUUGACCUUGAACGAGCACAGGCCUUCCACUCGGGGCUUGAAGCGCCUGCAGAGUGAUUUAGACGAGAACCCAAGCCUUAUUAAGAGAGGCAGGAUCGGCAGUGACGAGCUGACGACUUCCCCUGAAGCUGAAGUGGAAAACAGAUCCAGGGAAACGAAUCCAGCAGCACAGACGGUUGGAGAAACAAGCCCAGUGGUUAUAACUACUCCGAUGGCUGGUGUCCAAAGGACCCACAAGCCCAUUCAGCUACAUACCCUGCUGGCUAAGAGUGUUGGCAAUAAAGUGACUUUAAUUCAUCAUCAGCCAGGUGUUAUCAGCCAUGUUGGUCAUGCACAAAGCAUAGCCUGUUCUUCUUCCCUGCAUGCUACUAAAUUUAAACAUUCUUUACCACAAAGCUCUCUACAGUUACCGCAACCAACAACAACACCUCAACACACACAGAUGUCCCAUACCACGCCCAUACCAAAGACCCCCGUACAGGUUGUCUACAAGAUGCCCGAGGGCAUGGGUCUGGUCAGGAAAGCUGGAAGCCCUGUGAAAAUCGCAGUGCAGCCAAUCCUGGACCAGAUAACGGGGGAUAAGCAGCAAGUGGUCAUCCUUCCUUCGAACUUGCUCAUUCAAAAGUCAGAGGGUCAGCGUCACCCCCAGCAACCAAGGACAAUCCAGGUCCCAGCCUCCAAAGCACCCACUCCACUACCACACAGCUCUGGAUUCACCAUGCCUCAAAGUCAUGACAACCGGAUCCCCAUACAACAAGUGGCACCGCUAAAGGGAGGUACAGCCUCUCCAACCUACUCCCCGAGGUUGCAGACAACCUCUCUAACAACAGGCUACAAGGUUGUCCAAAUCCCUGGUCCGAAAGUGAGUAGCACUACCCAAAAUGUUAGACCAAAUAGAUCACCAUCCAACCCUACCAGUCCAGCUUUUACUGAUCCCAGAAAACCUCCUGACCCUAAACAAGAGCUGAAGACUGUGUGUAUAAGGGACUCGCAGUCCAUCCUAGUCACCACUAGGGGGGGCAACACUGGAGUGGUCAAGGUGCAGACGUCUGACCAAAGUACAUCUGGUUCGUUACCCACCAGUCCGGUCAUCACCAUCUCUCCACAGUUCAAAGCCUUCCUGGUGUCCAAGACCUCUCCACCUGCUGCCUCCACAGUCCCAGUGGUCACAAGCUUGACUGUAGCCCAGGCGCAAUCAGGACCGUCACCAUUACGGUCUUCAACUGUCACAAGUUCAACAACUGCACACCAGUCUUCGAUCACUGCCGGAAUUCCAAUGGCCACAGAUCAGACAGCGGGCUCUGCUGUUACCGUUGCUGUAAACCAGGGCUGCAACGUCUCAUCUACAGUUGCUGUGAACUCACAACUACCUAAAAGCAUGGUCACUGAACCUGGUAACUCAGCAGGCGCCACCCAGACGUCUCUGGUCCAGUGUGUCACUAAACCUGUUCUGAAAAGGGUAGAUCCGGAUGAGAGGUCCCCAUACACUAAGUUCAUCCUGGUCUCUCCCUCGUCCAACAUCACAUCUAUGGCCGCAACCAAAGUCACUUCCACCACAGCUCCCUCCGCUCUUCCAGGGCAAAGGUUGAUGUUCAUCAGCCAAUCACCAGCCCAGGCAUCCCACGCAACAAGUAGCAUUCCAAAACAGAUUGUAGUGUCAUCAGUGUCUGGGGCACAACCUCUGACCACGUCAAUACCCAAUGAAGCAAUGAAGAUCGGACUCAACUUUGGUCAAUCUAUCAGCAGUGCUAACUUUGGAGCCUUGAAUAAGGUCCAGCGCAUCAAUCUGCUUCCAGGAUCUCCAAUAAGGCUACCACAGCAGGCAAGUACACUUGCACAAUCUACUUUAAAAAGCACAUCUGUGUCUGGCUCACAGGCAGACCUUCUCGCAACCACGUUGUCUCACAUUGUCACUAGCACUGCACAUUUGCCCUCUUCCACGCGGCUGACUGGAUCUCAACUACAAGGCAUCCCUUCAACCUCUGUGAUCCCCAAUCUAAGUAAGGUAACCGGGCAACCACGGUCUUCGAUAAUCCAAGGUUUAAUUACCAGCAACCCACAACUACCAGUGCCGGUCACUACACCGCUAAGCCCUGUCAAAACAUCCCCUCUCACAUCACCGGCCCAGGUUUCUCAGUCUCACAACUGUCUCUGUGUCAGCGGGGUCACCACACAUGCUCAAAUGAUAAGUACUCCACAGUCUCCAAUUGCCCCUAGAUCCACUCAGCAGUCCACUCCAGUGCGGCCGGCUGAUAAUACCAAUCCUGUCACCAGCACCACCACCACCACUGUGCAACAGAAGAUUGUCAUCAACACCACUGCUCCACUUGCAGGCGGCUCUCAGAUUCUGCUCAACAACACCCGUUUUGUUGUUCCUCCUCAAGGCCUUGGGCCUGGCCAGCAUGUCCUCAUAAUCUCCAGCCCUGCAGUGCCUGUGGUAGCUCCUAGUCCCAGGGGAGCGAGCCCAACCACUGGUGUCCCACGAGUGCCAACGUUACCUGGGCUAGCCACACCUGCACAAGGCCCCAGAAUGGCCACACCACCAGGGACACACCAGCCUCAACAAGCAGCACUUAGAUCACUAACCCUGGCAGCGCCGUCCGCUGCGAAAGUUGGACCCUCUCUCCCUGUCUCUCUCACUGUCCCUCGCCAGGUGAUGAAGAUUCGAGCUCCACUAUCGGCCACCAGCACCACCACCAACGGUUAUCCACAAGUUUCACAUUGGCUCCCUGCUCCGGCCACCAUACUCACUGGCCUAGCUGAUGUGGUGGCCGCUCCGCCUUUAACUGAACCGGAAGGGAUGGGUGGCCUGUCACUCUCCUCCGUACAAGGAAGUCCCAGCGCAGCUCAAACAGCAGGAGUUCCACAGAGCCCAACAAAGCAGCUCCCUUUGAACACGGGACUUGGCAUCAACUACGCACCACUCACAACACAGCAACUAACGUCAUUCGUGCAACCUAUGGGAGCGCUCUCCACCCGGACGCAGGUCCUGCCAACGAUUGCUGUUCCGCCGAUCGGGAGCACCUUCUCCAGGAUGCAGUCUCUACCUGUGGUGACCGUACCGCCCCUUGGGGGUGCCUCCGGUAGCAGAACGUCUCCUGUGGCAACUGUGCCUCCAUCCAACAGCACUGUGAACAUGACACCUGCUCAACCUAUCAGGACGGUGAUGUCGGCAGAGACUAUCCGCAUGCCCAUUGUUUUAUCCAAUCCUCGGCAGCAGCAGAUACUGGGCCUAGGCAAACGCCCUUUGCAGCCUUUACAGGUGCCUGCAUCAGCAGUGCAAACAACCAGCCCCACCACCAAUAUACUAGUGAGUCCUGAUUGUGCUGUUUUAAACACUGUUAGAGGCCCUACCGCCAACACAGGCCUGCCAGAGGUGGCUAACGAGCCUUUGGCUACGUUGAUUGUAACUCCGAAAUCCACUUGGAGAGUGCUGCCCCUGCCUCCUGUAAAUACUGACAAUCCCUCAAUGCCUACCCAGGCUGACAGAAGUGGACCUAUCGACUGAAAGACUGAGACUGAAAUCUAGUACCAUUGUCUGUGAUGUGGCCCCGUGUAGCUCAGUUGGUAGAGCAUGGCGCUUGCAACGCCAGGGUUGUGGGUUCGUUUCCCACGGGGGGCCAGUAUGAAAAAAUGUAUGCACUCACUAACUGUAAGUCGCUCUGGAUAAGAGCGUCUGCUAAAUGACUAAAAUGUAAAUGUAAUGAAGCAGACACAUAUUCCAGCAAACUUUUGUGUUCUGGACUGCAUCUAGAACAUUCUAGUAUGUUUUUGGUAGAAGGCGGGAGUUGGUUGAGAAACUGCCUGGUUGAGCUGUAUUUUUACUUUGCAUAUCUGAGUGUGUUUAAAGAUGCACUAUGCAGAAAUCGCUCCGCCAUUUCCUGGUUGGUAAAUUCUAAUAGUUCCCCUAAUUUCAGUUUGUGGCAAAACAAGCAAGUAUAGUGUAGACUAGAGGAUCAUCGUACCAUCUAAACUGCUGUAAAAUAUUUUUUCCAGAACCAAAAAUAUUGUAUUAUCAGCUGUUUUUGAAGCUGGUGUACAAAACCGAAAGUAAAAGACGCAAAAACAAACUUAACAACGGGAAGCAUAGAAAUAGCACACAUAGAACAGAUCUACCGCUUCUUAGACUUGCUUUCAAUAAGAAUGACAGAUCUAUAACACACUUUUCUAUGUGAAUUUGGUCAGGUCGCCCAAAAAGUUACAUAUUGCAGCUUUAAGCGAUGCUAGAUAAACUCUAUAGUUGACAGAUUGCUCAAGAAAUUGUUCUAUUUCUUAAAGCAAACAGCGUUUUAGGGUUUCCUUCUCACAGAGUUUGAAGGUAAAUUUGGACAUUUUGUUUUUUGCUAAAGCUUUUCUAGGCCAGUAAUAAAUAUGUUGUAAAUUGCUAGGUUUGAAGGAUAGACAAAUGGAUUUUAAUGUGAUUGUAAUACAUUUAAUUGACAUUUAAUGAUCAUUUUGAAAUGAUAUCCAUUUAAUUCCUUAGAUUGGUACAACACUUGUUUUAUUCUGUCUACCACACUCUUAGGACUUUCCCUCUGACCUGUUGCACACGCUCUUCCGAUGUAUUGCCUACUCAAGAGGCAUAUCAGUGUCCAAAUGUUAUUACAUUGGUUCUCUCUUAUUUCCACUAUCAACUAUUUGGAAAAUAAACUGGCAUUUCACACGAUUGAAAUGCAACUUCUGAAUGAUUUAUUGAAAUGAUGAAGCCCAUAUUCUUCUUUUUUUUUUUGACAUUACAUUUAUUUAUUUUUCCUACCAUAUAGAUUUUUCAAAAUAUUUAGUGGGCACAUUUUCAUUGGAUAACUGUGGACAAUUCUGCUUGGAAAUAAACGGUGAAACUGUCCUCCCAUAGGGGUUUUGUGGUGUUAAUUUCAAUUAGACCCUUGGUAAACUGUCUCUAUUGAAAUGUGUCUGUAGAAUUGUAUAGGGGAUAACCAUUCCAUCAUUUUAAAAUCCUUUCAUAAGUACAUAAGCCAACGAUCAAGCCGAUGUUAUUGUCUUUUAACUUACUAUGGAUUCUCAAUUGCAGCUACACAUUUGUUUAUGUUGGUUAUCUCAAAUGAACAAGCAAUUUCCUAAGUACAUGGAGUAUUUAUUUGUUGACAACUUUGAGGUAAUCUAUGACCCUACUGUUGUUCGAGUAUUGAUAGAAGGGUCUUGUUCUCUGAGCAGCCUUCAUAAAUAUAGCCUGAGGAACACCAUAACACACACAACUAGAGUUUUGAGAAAUACACACAAAAAUACAAGAUAGAAAAAAACAUUACUAAAAGAUGCCAAAUCCUGUCAUUGUAAAUAUAGAGUGCAAAUAGUAGCUUCAUCAUCGAAAGCUUUUUUCGUAAUUGAUGUAGUGUUUAAAUAACACAACACAGGAAGUUCAUAGUUUCAUAUUUUUUGGUUAUCCACAGAGGACUGUUGUUAUUAGGGUGAGGAGGUAGAGGUCCUGAUGAUAUCGUCUCAUAAGCAGGAGGGGCAUUGGGAACCUGAAACACAUCAAGUCAAACACACACCAUUUAGGAAACAGGCAGAAUAGCCACUCAUUGAUAAUUGAAAUACUAUUUCCCUUUUCACAUUAUUGUGCCAAACCGAACCAAACUGAGCUUGCUUACUUUAUUACAUUUAGUUUUACAUUUGACAUUUUAGUCAUUUUGCAGACGCUCUUAUCCAGAGCGACUUAGUUUUUAUUGAGUGCAUACAUUUUUCAUACUUUUACAGUGCACAGUAGUCAACAUUACUGUAAUCAUCAUCAAUCAUGGUUGUGUUGCUGUCUGUAUAGUCAGAGGAAUGCAGUAUCCUAUGAUAAGAGAACGAUCGUGGCCUGGGGUUGGUUACACCAUUGCCUUCCAGCGCAUAACUGCCCAUGUCUGCAUCAUGGGAUCGAAUCCUGGUUCCACCACUACUUUGGCAUAAACAAACUCUCUCCUCACUUCUCUGUCUAAGUUUGUAUAGAGAUUUAAACCGUAAGAAAACACCUCUAUUCAAUAAAACAUAUCAAAUACUCUGAAAAAAGAGAGCUCUGGGACCAUAUUCAUAGGGUACCUCAAGAGGAAUGCUGAUCUGGGAUAAGGGCCCCCCUGCCCAUGUAGUCUUAUUCAGUAUGAUCUACUAGGCAAAAACCGAUCCUAGAGCAGCAGUCCUAAUCUGAGAUGCUUUAUUAAUACGGGCCCUGACCACCGUUGCCCCCCCCCCCCCCCCACCCCAGUACAUCCAGUGUCUUACCAAAGGUCGGAGGUCACUGACGCCCAUCUUGUUUUCUGCUGCGGCUCCUCCCUCGCUGAACUGUCCUCCGCUGAAUCCUGGCGGGGACCCUGAUCUUGGGAUCUGUGGGGAGAAUAACAUGAGAGGUAGAGAAAACACAACAGGGACAUUAAUAAGGGGAACAGGAGGUAGAAGCCCUGUCGAAACCGAUGAGCAAAACACAUUAAAACAUUGUAUUUUUUUGGGUUGAAAAGAGGUUAAAAAUCAAUAUUUUCAACGUCUUGUGUUCACUGGGAAAGCAACCCAUACAUAUGCUUAUCUUCUUGAGUUUUCAGAUCUGUUCUGAAGGAACCAGUGUGGUGGAAGCUCCCCUAAACCCAUCGCCAAGUUGAUGUACAUCACAAUGCAGCUAUCCCUCUUUGUUUCCUUUAUCUUAACUGAACCAUAGACAUAUAAUCAUCGGAAAUAACUGGCCAGGUGAAAGCCUAGGCCUAUUCUCUUCAGAUCACCACAGAUUAAGGAAAGUAGAGAGGAAGCCAUUUAUUAAGACUAUUGAAAUAUGCACCCUUGGCCAUGCAAGUGUGACUAUAACCAGAGUGACUAUAACGGCCGUACAGCGCUGCACAUUGCAGUCAAGCUGAGGGAGAGGACCAUGGUGUCCAGGCUGCUGGAUUACGGAGCCACCCCUCUGGAGCGUGACGUCUGGGGUUGGACUGCUGUGGACGAGGCCCAGAACAACAACCUACCCAGCAUCCUGAAGCUGUUCCACCCCUUCACUUAG